UUGAGAAGGACACAUUUGUCGCAAGGAGAUCACUCAUUACAAUGUCGAUUGAAGACAGAUCAAUGGGCGCUUUGAAAGAGGUAAAGAGUGUUGAUUUCUGUGUCUAUGUCUGCUCUAUCCGCAUACCGGCGAGUUUAUUCAUUCAGUUACAAAUACUUACAUGGUCCCAACUUUUCUUUAGUAAAAAUUACUCCCGUAAACAUUUAUUUACAUUUUAAAUUUAAGAUUUAAAACAAGUAAAAUGAUAAAAACAAUCGAUGGGUUAUUUCAAAAAACUAGCUGAUGGCUUGAAUAAUUCCCCUAAAUCUGAACAGCUUUCAACUACUAUACGAUCGGGGUCUGUUGAGGAAAGAACAUUGGACUGGUUGAGAAAAGUAAGAAAUAAAUCUCGCUUCAUCUCACGCAUUUCCGAGUCAAAUUAAAUCGAAAUAAGGUCAUUUAACGAUGGAGUUAUUUGGGGUUUUUUUUUUUCAUUCGAUGGCUUGGUGGAAUUUUUUUUUUUGUUAUGAAUCAAGUUUUAAUAUGCGAAACCAAAAGUUAUGACGCCACCUUGUUUACGAAUCUUUGAAAGAAUUAAACGGAGAACUACAACGUUAUAAUUUUGGUUUCAGGAAGUUCAUAGCCUCUUUAUAGAAAGGAAAAUAAUAUUAAGUUAUUAAUAAAUUAAGUGCUUCUGAUAUGUAAUAUGGCGUAUUUUCCUUGUAGAUCAUGAAUUCGUUCGUAAACAAAGUUCGUAUAACAAAAGUCAUUUUCGUGACUACUCUCACCUUGACAAUAAAGUGUAAACCAACUGGCAAGUGAGAUCAUUUCAGUUUUAUCGAGAGUUAGCCCUUCGUUUAGAAUGUCACCAGCCCUUCGAUCUGACGAAGGCUAAUCUUUAUUACUGCAGAAAAUACAUAUGUUAUUUAUAGGCCGUAGGCCCCGAGCAGCAUUUUCAAGACCUCGGUCACAGUUUUUCACCAUAAAGACCGACCCUUAGCCGGUAAAUGACAUAUAUUUUUUUAAAAUUUAACGAAAUUCUUUCCGAAAGAACCCGAUUGAUAUAGGGCUGUAAAUACCGCAAGACCUUCCAUAAACUGAACAAUUUUUGAGCGAGUAAAGGGUAGUUAAAAUAGAGGUGAUAUAAAUUAAAGAGAGAUACUUCACCGAAACAUUUUCAUUUACAUAAUGAUAAAGGUGAUUUAAAAGGCUUCCAAAAAGACUUUGAAACAUUAUUUUUUCAAGUCUGUUACAAUCUGACACCUGUCAAUAAGAGAGCGCGUAAGAAAAAAAAGCGCAUGUACACUUUUGAAAAAAAAACCGAACUAGUUUGGCAAGGACUGUCACGACAAUGAUUUCUUCAAAAAAAGUCAAUGAUCUUACGGAAAGUAUUAUUCACUCUAGUCGACGAUGGAUUCAUGUAAGAAGCUUUACCUCUGUUGAUGAAGUAAAUUGCGAGGAAAGUAAUUGUAAGUAAAUUCAAAUUUUUUUAUUUUGAAGUUGUGAGAGUUUGUUCGUGUGUUUGCUGAAAUGGCGUGUGUAAAUGUGGUCUUUGCUCCACAAAAACUGAAUUCGAAUGAGACACUUCAACGAGACUCAAGGGGAUUUAAUGCAGCCUUUCCUCAUUGAAUUCCUUCAGUUUCUGUUGUACAAUUUAUGGUACAAAUGUCCGAAUUGAACGGACUUGGAAAGACUAACCGAGAGCGUGUAUUUGUUGUAGAACUGAAAACUUCGCUCGCACUUUUAAUACGAACAAAUUGUUUGAGGGAAUUCAGAUAUUUAAUGAAUGACAGUUCCAUCGAUAAAUUCAAUUGUAACCAAAUACCUCACGUUUUAACUUUCUAGGUACUUUUUGUGAAGGAUUGAAAUUAAUUACAAACAAGUUUUAAGCCGCUUGUCAAUCAAUUUAAUGUAUCUUUAGCUUAUACAUAUUAAUUUCGAAACCUAUAUUUUCCUGUUCACCAAAGUAAUUUGAGAGGGAGAAAAGAGAGGAUUAAUAAGUUAGUGAUCGGCCGGAAAAAACGAGAUAUAAUUAUGAAAAAUGGCAACGAAGGUAGGAAUGUACUCGGCGACUCACGAAAGCGUUACCGUUGCCCGAAGGCAGAGAUAGGAAAAUACAGAUUGCGCAAAGAAACAAUCAGAUUGCAAGAUUCGUUACCGUGCCCUCUGAGAAAAAAAUAAAUUGGGAUAUCAUGUCGAGUUCAAAUUCUGCCUAGUUUCCAAGCCCCCCCGUCCAUGUGGUGCUCCCUGAGAGAGAAAAGGUGCCCCUUUAUCAACCGGUGAUUGUAUUCAUUGACAAUGUCCAGUAUGCGACAGCCCGCCUACAGAAAUACAUGUAAAUUCGCAGAAUGAACUUUCAUUGAGCGUAGCAUUCCAAUUGCCUUUUACCUAUGGCUUACAUUCUUUCACCAACUGUACAUAGUAUGUUGUCUAUUGUCCAUAGUCUAUAAAUUUCCGUUUCCAUUAUUCGUUGUUGCAGGAAGGCACUACUGCAGUCAUAGAUGGAAGUGACUAUGAAUGGCGCCCAAGUACAAGGCUUUAUUCAAUGAAUGAGGACGGCGGUGCCAAAGGUCACUACUUGUACGUCGAUGAGAACGGUUCGUUGAAAGCAGAUGGAGGAGAAAAUAGCGCAAGUGAGUAAAAGAAGGGGAAAUAGUUUUUAGGAGAUUACUCGUCAAAAAAUAUCGUCCUUCCCUCAAGUUUGCAGAAAUAUCCGCAUGUGAACUUUUAGGGGUGUUUCUUGGAUUAGGGCUGUUAACCGGCAAAGAUGAAAAAUUCGUAUCGCUUAUAAAUACAGAGAGAAAAAACGGGGAAUUACUUGGUUUUGGUUAUGGCAUUUCUCGCGGCUGAGAACGGGAAAUUGGCAUCUGGAAUGUUUGACAAAGGCUGUGAUCUUCAAGAUCACGGCAAGUUGCUGCGGUGGCGGUGGCCUCAUGGUUAGUGCGCUCAAAUCCGGAUCGGGUGGUCCGGGUUCGAGCCCUGGCUGGGGUCAUUGUGUUGUGUUCUUAGGCAAGACACUUUACUCUCACAGUGCUUCUCUUCACCCAGGUGUAAAAUGGGUACCAGCAAAUAUGCUGGGGGUAACCCUGCGAUGGACUAGCAUCCCAUCCAGGGGGGAGUAGCAAUACUCCUAGCCGCUUCGUGCUAAGAAAACCGGAGUUAAGCACCGGCCCCAUGAGCCACUUGGGCCCGUAUAAAGGCUUACCUUACUUACUAUUAAUAUUAUUGUUAUUAUAAUCAGCAUAAGGUUUGUCAAUAUUAUUCAUAUACUUUUGAAAGCGUGUUCUUGGAGCUCCGUUAAGCCGGAUUGUAGCAAUAACCAGUGAAUCGCCAACUAACGUGUGAUUCAUGAAGGGCAAUGAAUAUCAGUGUUUUGUAUACCAUGAUGGCUCUCUAUUAUAUGCUACAGGUACUUUCACAGUCUACACUUUCUUGGAAGAUGCUGAUUUAGUUAUGUUGGAGGUCGAAGAUUUUGAGGAUGCUACUGAGAAAGUUGUGGCUGUAGAUACAAACACUGACACUGUCAUUGUAAAGGUGCGUAACUGAAACGAUUACAGUCGGCUAGAAAUUUCAUUAUCUCUCGUCCACUGAUCGAUGAGAUUUAAAAAUUUUAAAUGAAAUACAACCGUUUGUCUCUCGAUGAACUCCAUUCCAAUGUGGAUGGCGGUGUUUUGACGGCAUACUGCGAGUCUUCUUCAGGCCGGCGAUGUACAAGGUGACGCCUAUUCAGUCGCCUAUGAAAUGAUUAAACUGUGAGACAAACGAUUGUAAUUCCCCACAAAUACGAUCAAUAACGAUAAGCUUUUCUACAAUGUCAACUUUUUUAAAUGAUAUGGAAGAUCAGUAAAACUUACAUGUCAUCAUGAUCACAAUUAUCAUCUGUCUGACAUCUGUUUCAACACUUCAACUGCCAGGAAAUAUUAACAUUUCAACUCUCUUCACAAUAUCAUUAAAUUAUCUAGAUCUUUCGCUUAUGCAUGAUUUAAAACUGAUUGAGUUACGUAGUGACUGUAACUGGCAUUGAUAAAAUUAAAUUGCUCAAGUUUUAAUCCAAUGUAGACUUUCAAAAUGAAGAAGAGAAUUACAGCGUUCUAACGUCAAUUCUUGCGCAUAAUUUCUCAGGGCUCAAAAUGCUCUGAUUUUGUACUUUAUGUGUUAUCUAUUCUGACAGGCUCUCCCCUCAGGGACUUUAGGACGGUUGAAUAAAUCGAAGAAGGCCAAAAGUUCCCAGCCUGACAUUCUGUUCUACAAGAUAGCGCGCGAACCAGGAUCUACUCAGUUUUACUUGAAGUCCUAUUUGAAGUCAAGUCUGAAAGACUCGAUUAGUGUUGAUCGAAUCGUUGGUUUUGACCAUGACGGCGUUCCAAUUAAGACUACUGAUGUACAGCAAGGUUUAUUAGAGAGUCUCUUCAAGAUAUACUGAGCGCUGGCAACUUUUCUUAAUUUCUAACUUGAUUAUUAUGAUAAAUUUCCUUUUAACUAUGAACUUCUCUGGUGACAAAGGAUUAAGUCAAUGAAACGCAUCUUAGAUAAUUGUUUAAUAAACUUCUUAUGAACUAUAUACUAAAUUUGGAACUAUUUUUAAUAAGUGUUUAGAAAUUUUUUAGGCCUUUUAAAUUAUCUUGAAAUCCUUCAGUUAUGAGACGGUACUAGUCUUGUGAGCCUAGGUUUGUCAUGUGCUGCAAGACCACACACUUGUCUUUACCCAGUUUGGAGUGAUGUGUUCUUGACCGUUGUAGUGGGGCUUAAUUCUCGUACGAUAAACGUCAUCGCUGGUCGUUUUUGUGCUUGUCCUUGAUCUUGCUUAGAGUCCUUAACAGGAAGAUUUUUUUGGGUUUUAGUUCUCGAAGAUUGGUUGUUUUUUAGGUGCUUUGUUGUUCAUUUGGAAUGUCUCGUGAAAUUGUUUGGGUUAGAGUUCUAAAAAUAAGUUUACUCUGUUUUAGUUUUCCGUAAGCCCAAACAUGUUUACCGUUAGGAUAUUUAAAAGCGUGUACUUAAGGCAGAGAAACAGAGACAGAGACAGAAAGAGAAUAGAUAAAACAGAGAAUAAAGAAAAGUUGUUGAUGUGACUCUUAGUGCCUUCGUUUGCGCGAGUGACUCAAGCUACCUAACCCCAUCAGUCCAACAAGCUGUUACAAAGAGCCUUG